UAUCAGCACCACUGACUGAUUUAGGAACAGCAACAGCGGCGGCAGCUCUUCAUUCACUCUCCCCUCUCAGGACCGCUUUACCGUGGUGCGCCCCAGACGCGCGCUCUCCUCACUUCAGGAUGGACUCGUCUCCUUCUCUUCACCUUUACCACUGACUGUGACGCUGCCGUAGUUCAGUGGGAGUUCCCGGGGGAGGGGGCAGGAACUGUUCUUCUGUCCGCUGUUUCGCCUUUCCCCUACUGGGUUGUGUAUUGUUUUGAUUGAACUGCCAGCGUACGCUCCAUCUCCGGGCUGCAGUUCCGAGAUGGGGAUGUAUCUGCAUCUGCUGCUUUUGCAGUACUAUUUCGUCUCGAGUUUUGUGUGCAACGCCAUCGCGUUCGUGGAGGAGCCCUUCGGAGGGAGGUCGGACGGGUACUGCGGGCGGAUCCUCCGGGCGCAGACCCAGGGGACCCGGAGGGAUGGGCACCAUGAGUUCAGGCUCAGAGUGGAGGGAGACCCGGAUACCUACCGGCCUGGCACCACUUACAGAGUGGUCCUCCUGGCAACCAGCCCUGCUUAUUUCAGAGGCUUCACUCUCAUCGCACUGAAAGAGGGCAGAGAGGGCACCACAGAUGACGACUACACCGGCCAGUUCCAGAUCAUUGAUGAAGACGAGACACAGUUCAUGACCAACUGCCCGCCCGCGGUGACAGAGAGCACGCCUCGCAGACGCACCAGGAUACAGGUCUUAUGGACAGCACCACCCAGUGGGACUGGCUGUGUUAUACUUAAGGCGAGUAUUGUCCAGAAGAGAGUCAUCUAUUUCCAGGAUGAAGGCUCUCUCACCGUUCAACUGUGCGAGAAAGAGGGUGAAGCUACGCAAGCUCCUGCCAUUGAGUGCUGUGCCUGUGGAACCGCCAAGUACAGACUCACCUUUUAUGGAAACUGGUCAGAGAAAGUACAUCCUAAAGAUUAUCCAAGACGCGCCAACCACUGGUCAGCUCUGAUUGGUGCAUCCCACUCCAGAAGUUACGUGCUGUGGGAGUACGGAGGCUAUGCCAGUGAGGGAGUCCGUCAGGUGGCUGAGUUUGGCUCCCCCAUCAAGAUGGAAGAAGAGAUUCGACAGAAGGGAGAUGAAGUACUGACCGUCAUUAAAACGAAGGCUCAGUGGCCUGCGUGGCAGCCUCUCAACCUGCGAGCAGCUCCCUCGGCAGAGUUUUCCGUAGACAGGACGCGUCACCUGAUGUCCUUCCUCACCAUGCUCGGGCCCAGCCCAGACUGGAAUGUGGGGCUGUCAGGAGAGGACCUCUGUACCAAGGAGUGUGGCUGGGUCCAGAGAUCACCAAACAAGCCCACCGUUCCUCAGGAGAAGAUCCGACCUCUGACCAGUUUGGACCACCUCCAGAGCCCGUUCUAUGACCCAGAGGGCGGAGCAAUCACCCCUGUGGCCAGGGUAGUGGUGGAACGCAUUGCUAGAAAGGGGGAGCAGUGUAAUGUGGUCCCCGACACCAUAGAUGACAUAGUAGCAGAUAUCGGACAAGAGGAGAAGGAGACAGAUGACACGCCUGAGACGUGCAUCUACUCAGGAUGGUCUCCCUGGUCAGCUUGUAGCAGCUCUACAUGUGAAAAAGGUCGCCGGAUGAGACAAAGGAUGCUGAAGGCCCAGCUGGAUCUCAGCGUGCCGUGUCCCCACACUCAAGAUUUCCAGCCCUGCAUGGGCCCAGGAUGCAGCAGAGAGGAGCCCUCGACGUGCAUGAUGUCAGAGUGGAUCAGCUGGUCGGCCUGCAGCGUGUCCUGCGGGAUGGGGAUGAGGUCUCGAGAGCGAUAUGUCAAACAGUAUCCCGAGGACGGCUCGCUCUGCCAGCUCAACACCGAGGAGACAGAGAAGUGUGUUGUCAACGAUGAAUGCUCACCCAGCAGCUGCGUGGUGACUGAGUGGGGGGAGUGGGACCCCUGCAGCGUCACCUGCGGGAUGGGCAUGAGAACAAGGGAGCGUAUGGUAAAGAUGCCCCCUAUAGAUGGAUCCAUGUGUAAGACCGAGGUAGCUGAAGUGGAGAAAUGCAUGAUGCCAGAAUGCCAUACCAUCCCCUGCAUGCUGUCGCCUUGGUCGGAGUGGAGUGAGUGUAGUGUCACAUGUGGACGGGGGAUCCGAACACGGCACAGGAUGCUGAAGUCUGAUCCUGCAGAGUGCACUGAAGAGCUGGAGCAGACAGAGAAGUGCAUGCUGCCUGAGUGUCCUGUCGACUGCAUGGUCUCAGAGUGGUCAGAGUGGUCAGAGUGCAACAAGACCUGCGGUAAAGGACACACCAUUCGGACCCGUAUGAUCAAAGUGGAGCCACAGUUUGGAGGCAGCUAUUGUCCUGAGACCAUCCAGAGGAAGAAGUGCAAGCUCCGGAAGUGUCGGCGAAAACCGAUUAAGGAGGAAGAGGUGCCAGGUUGCAGGAUGCAGCCGUGGUCUAGCUGGACAGAGUGCACCAAACCAUGCGGGGGAGGGAUCCAGGAGCGUUUCAGGGUGGCAAAGAAAAGAACAAAGUCCAAAGGCUGUAAGGACAGGAAGGAGAUCCGUGCCUGUAACGCUCGGGAAUGCUAGGGGGCACUGCUAAGCUAGAGAGAGGCAGGGAGGUGUGCAGUGGAUUAAACGUGAAAAUCAGAAUUCAUUAAAAACAGUGGUGACAGAGAUUGAUUUUUUUUUUAUGUAGCUGGGAGGAGACGUACAGGAUUAUUAUGGGUUAUUAUUGGAAAAAUCUGAGGAUUUAAGUAAGGAUUUAAGAAAGGGAAGGAAUAAGAAGAAUAAGACAUAAUGACAUGCUGUUUUAGUGACGAUUUUGUGGACAUUUAGUUAACUGGGUUCAUUUAUUUUCCUUUUAGAGCAUAGUGGAAGUAUUAGAGAGAAAGCCUGUGUCCUGCAAAAAAAAAAGAAAAAGAAGAAGGAAACCUGACGCUAAAGUAACCUAAUACAUAUUUUGCAACAAACUUUAACUUUUUAGUUAGCUUUUGUUUACUCCUAGUAGGAAAGUAUUUUCACCAAUAUCUCCUUGUCCUCUGCAGCACCUCCAAAACAUUGAUUUAGCUACUAAAAAACAGGAGCUGAGCUUUUUAGUGAAAGCUGGAUACUUUUAAUGUACUGUUUAUGUAAAGGCUCUACUGGGGAGAAUUCAAAAUUAGCAUUAGCAAAGUGGAUUACACGCUCUGUAUUGGAAAUAUGUUAACCUGCUUUGUCCCUAUUAAGAUGCCUCCUAUAACACUACCAGACAACUUUAAUCUGACCAUUAAAUGCCAUUAAUACUGUGAUACUACUUUACUUUGAUUUAGUGUUUCAUCCAGUGCUACUGUUAUAUUAAGAUUUGUUGCACAUGAAAAAUAUUAGUUCAGUGAGAACUAUUAUACAUCUGUACUAUAAGGUCAGACACAUGAUAACAGGAGGAGCAGGGUGGAGGGCAGUUGCAAAGCAGCUUGUAGUGACAGUGGAGAAGCUGGAUGGAUGAAUGUGUAGAAGGGAAUCAGCCGGGAUUGUGACCGAGUGGGAAGUCGUGAUCUGUCUGGACUAAUGCCAUGUUUAAUUAUUGCUCUUAGUUUGUGUGGUAAAAGGAU